AGCUUGAUUCCGCAGAUGCGGUAGGUUCGUCUUUCCCCUUCCACACUGUUCGUUCAUCUUCGCCUUCGCCUCCUUCGAUAACAUUCCUUCCGAUCGGAUCCGAAAUCACACCUCGCCGUUCGCCGAAGAUGACGGGAGCUUGCUGGCCAUAUCUUUCUUCCGUUCGUGCACUUCUUCGGCCAAAUCCCGUAAAUCCACCAAACUCCCGGAUUUAGUAAAUCCGGGAUUUACAGCAAAAAGAGCAAAACGGAGGAUUUAACUCGCUGUGAGAUUUAACGGUUCCAUAAAUCCUGUUAAACAGGAUUUAACAUAAAUCCUGCUCAAAUUUUGCAUAAAUCAUAUUGCCAAACAGCCCCCUUAGCUUAUUCUGUCGCCGAUGGCUUCGGCGAAGUCGUCUCGAUCUAGGGCUUCGGGGCCCUCUGGCCUCAGCUCCACGGGGAUCCAGCAUCUUGGAGGAUCGAUUCCUGGAUCCCAAGAUAGUGUUGUACAGCUUUCCGAUAAGCUAAAGAUAUUCAAAACUGAUAAUUUUGAUCCGGAUGCCUACAUGCAGUCCAAAUGCCAGAGCAUGAACGAGAAGGAAAUAAGGCACAUGUGUGCCUAUUUGCAAGAUCUAAAGAAGGCUUCUGCGGAAGAAAUGCGCAAAAGUGUUUAUGCUAACUAUGCAGCAUUCAUUAGGACAUCCAAGGAAAUAUCAGAUCUAGAAGGUGAACUUCUUUCUAUCAGAAAUCUGCUAUCCUCUCAAGCUGCUUUAAUUCAUAAUUUAGCUGAAGGAGUUCAUGUUGAAACUUUUUCUGAGGAUUCUGAUUAUUCUACGGAAGACAGUACAGCAAAAAUUGAUGAUCAAGAGCCUUCAAAUUUAGAAAAAUGGUUGCGAGAGCUUCCUGAUAUGCUUGACGUUUUACUUGCUGAAAGGAGGGUGGAGGAAGCCUUAGAUGCCCUGGACGAAGCAGAACGGGUGGCGGCCUCAGAUGGAAAAGAGAACCACACACUGAGUUCAACUCAGCUUAUGUCACUACAAAAUACUAUUAUUGAAUGUCGUCAAAAGUUAUCAGAUCAACUUGCUGAAGCAGCUUGCCAAUCAUCUACUCGUGGAGUGGAGCUUCGUGCAGCUGCCUCAGCUCUGAAAAGGCUUGGGGAUGGACACCGUGCCCAUAGUUUAUUGCUAAAUGCUCAUUAUCGUAGGCUUCAAUAUAACAUGCAAACCAUUCAUCCAACAAGCACUUCAUAUGGAGGAGCAUAUACUGCUGCACUAUCACAACAAGUUUUCUCUGCCAUUGCUCAAGCUGUGAAUGAUUCUUUGGAAGUCUUCGGUGAUGAUUCAGCAUAUACAUCAGAACUUGUAACAUGGUCUGCUAAGCAGACCGAGGAUUUUGCACGACUUGUAAAGAGGCAUGCAUUAGCCUCAUCUGCAGCUGCCGGAGGUCUAAGAGCUGCUGCAGAAUGUGUUCAGAUAGCCAUUGGACAUUGUUCUUUGCUGGAAGCUCGCGGGCUUUCUCUUUCCUCUGUUCUUAUGAAACUUUUCAGGCCCAGUGUUGAACAAGCAUUGGAAGCUAAUUUAAAGCGGAUUGAAGAAAGUACAGCAGCACUGGCAGCUGCAGAUGAUUGGGUUUUUACACAACCUUCAUCUGGAACACGUGUGUCUGGUAGAUCGACGAACACAAUAGCUAUAGUUCAGCCCAAACUUUCAAGCAGUGCACAUCGUUUUAAUUCGAUGGUUCAGGAUUUUUUUGAAGAUGUAGGGCCACUUAUGAGUAUGCAGUUGGGUAGCUCCACAUUGGAUGGCCUUCACAAAGUAUUCAAUUCCUACGUAAAUUUACUAAUUAAUGCCUUACCAGGCUCAAUGGAAGAUGUGGAAAAUCUGGAAGGUUCUGGAAAUAAAAUUGUUAGAUUGGCAGAGACUGAAGCACAACAGCUAGCUUUACUGGCAAAUGCAUCUCUGUUAGCUGAAGAAUUGCUCCCUCGAGCAGCCACAAAGCUCAUUUCACUGUACCAGAACAGUGGAGCUGAUGAUUCUCGCAAAAAAAGUAGCGACAGACAUAAUCGUUUACCAGAACAAAGGGAAUGGAAAAGAAAACUGCAGCGUUGUGUUGACAGACUAAGAGAUUCAUUUUGCCGGCAGCAUGCUCUUGAUCUUAUUUUCACGGAGGAUGGUGAAACACAUCUCAGUGCAGAAAUGUACCUUAGUAUGGAUGAUAGUCAUGAAGAACCAGAGUGGUCUCCCUCUCUAAUAUUCCUGGAAUUAUAUGCGAAGUUGAAUAGGAUGUCUGGCAUAGCUGCAGACAUGUUUAUUGGAAGGGAACGAUUUUCUACAUUAUUAAUGAUGAGACUUACAGAAACCGUCAUAUUAUGGCUUUCUGAAGAUCAGAACUUUUGGGAAGAUCUUGAAGAAGGGCCUAGGCCUCUUGGCCCUCUAGGUCUUCAGCAGUUUUAUCUGGACAUGCAGUUUGUUAUCCUUUUUGGGCAAGGUCGAUACUUAUCCAGACAUGUUCAUCAAGUUAUUGUAGAGAUCAUGGAUAGAGCUAUGGCUGCGUUUUCUGCAACUGGAGUCGAUCCUGACAGUGUUCUUCCUAAUGAUGAUUGGUUUAUUGAUAUUGCUCAAGAAAAUAUAAGCAAGAUAAGUGGAAAGGCUAGAAUGGGCAAUGGAGAGAGAGACAUUAACAGCCCAACAGCUUCAGUUUCUGCAAUGUCUAUGUCAUCAGUAAGAUCACAUGGAAGCUCCUAAUCUGAAUUUUCUCUUGUAUACAGAUCCCUGUAUAAUUAGCUGUAAUUUGUUUCAUUCAAUUUCUUCAACUAUUGUGUUGCAUUUCCAAAUUAGGGUCUGAUUUAUUUUUGAUCUAGCUAAUUUGCUGAAAUUUUCUUCUUUGUUGUUUGGGUCUGUAUAUGGUAAAUUUUCCUGCUUCCUUUCCAAACUCCACACUGUAUAAUUCUUUGAAUCGAGCACAUGAGAUUGAUUUUCUGCUUCUGCAGAAUGAUGAUCCAUAAGGAUGGAAACUUGCAAGAUUUUAUUUAUGAAUUUGAGGUUCUGCAAUUAAUUUCUGUUCA